CUUUCCAGGUUGAAAGAGGAAACAUCAGCUUUAAUGAAAGAGCGUGAUCAUAUUCAGUAUAAGUUAGAAAAGAAUGUCAUAUUUCAACAGUACCUUGAAAAAGUUCUGGAGGCUGCUGAAGAGUUACCAGACUACUAUCCUGCUAUGUACACUAGCUGUUUUUUUAAAGAGGGGAAUUCCCUGAUGUUAUUGUGGAAAUAAAGUUAUGCAGGCUGAAACAAAUAAAUUAAUUUAAAGUACUGGGUUGCUAAUUUGAAAACAAGAAAGUUGUGUGUCUUGGAAACCUUUCAUAUUUUCUCAGAAUCUCAGAACCUCUUGUGAUGAGUCUGAAAGUCUUGUUGUUGUGUUGUUUGUUAUGAGUCUCACAAAAAAAUGACCACUUAAUUAAAACUACCAUAAUGUAUAGGUAAUAGUGUUGAAUUUAUUUUGGGAGAGCUUUAGUGGCAUAGGGAAACCAAGUAGUGCAUAAAGUACCCUGUUCAUUGGGUCUAACCUCAGCAUGGUAAUGCCAUUCUUGUACUGAGAGGCUGCUGUUUUCCUCUUUAAGUUUCAGGAAAUCCGUGAAGUGAUAGCCAGAUAUGAUACACUCACAGCAACCCAUCAGGUACCGGCCGGGGUAUAUUUUAUACAAAAUCGAUAAUGCUGACGAUAAUUAUUAGUUUUGUAAACAUUUCUUCCUGACUGCAAUUAUGUUUUAACCACAAGAAUCAUUAAAUGUGCCUAUCAAAUGAGAAUAAUUAUUUUGCCUUUUGUAUUAUUGAAAUUAAUUGAUAAAAAAAGAACUAUUUUGAUGGUAAAAUCAGGAUUUAAAAUAUUGCACCACAACAUGUUUUCAUAAAAUAGUGGUAAAUACUUGUUCAGCAGUCUUUAAUAUUAUGACAGCGGGAAACAUAGGAGAAAAAUAAAAAAGCUUGUGUUACAUUCAGUUUGUUGGCAACAUAAAAAAAUGAUGCAAGUUGUCUUAAAACCAGAUGUUUUUCUUAAUUAGGAUCUAUUAGAAAGGGAAACAAAGAAUCAAGAAAAAUAUGAGAAAGAAAAGGGAAGAUUGGUGAAAUUCACAGAGGUAAGUUUCUUUGUGUCUUGUGCUUAAUAUAAUUUUAUGUAAAUUUUGUUGGAAAUAAAUGCAAAACAACUUGCGAAAAAUAUUUAAGACGCUGCAAACUUAAAAUGUAAACAACAAUUAUAUAAUUAUGACUGCUUAUUUUGUUUAACUAAGUCAGCAAAUAAUGUGAGUCAAAUCAUCAGAGGCGGUUGACUUUUAAAAUUCCUUCUUGCAAAUGAACAGAUUUAAGCGACUAAAGAUUGCCGAUGCCCUAGCAGCAGCCUUGGGAUGGACCCUAGCAUCUUUCUUUUGCUCGGGUACCUAGAAAGUGUUAGUUUUUGUAUGAAACACUGGAUUUCCUAGAUUUGUCAUAUCUUUGGCUCCUUAUAGGUUAGCAACUAAAACGGUUUUUACAUUGUAAAAUAUUUUACAUUGUAUAGUUUUGGUCUGCAGAUGACAAUAUAUUCUGUACAUAUUUUUGUUUUCAUUUUCAGGAAAAGAACAACGAAAUACUAAACUACAACAACCAGGUAAAAAAAAUUUUACAUAAGGACUUAGUUGAACUUCUUCACUACAAGCACUGCAAGUAACUUUUAAAACAAUGAAGAUGAGACCAUGGUCUUCUGCGUUCUCACUGUGGACUUCAUGUAGAAGCUAUCCUUGUGUGACAAAACCGAGAAUUCAGAGCUAGAGAAAUAAAAAGACCAAUGAAAAUUUACCCUGGGUUUUCAGUUAACCCUUUAAGUUCCAAUAGUGACCAACAGCAAUUUUCUCCUAACGAUGCCCAUACAUUAUCAUGAGAUGCGGUUAUGAGAAUUAAUUAAAUGAUCACCUAAGAGAAAAUACUUUGAUCUUUUAUCAAAUUCUCUUAACUAAUUCUUAAAGGAAAUGUAUAGAGAUCAGUUUGGAGAAUUUGUAUGUGGAUAUUGGGGCUUAAAGGGUUAAGGGCAUGCUAUUGUUUCUUGUCCGAUCAAAGACCUGGAACCAGUUAACUGAAUCUUCUUCUUUCUCUUUGCGUCAGCGGCCAUGUAUCCUCUGUGCAGACAGCUUGUGUGCAUCUUAAAGGUGUUGUUCUCCAAACGCAAGGGAAGCCACAUGAACGCCUUCUUUCUUUGUCGAAUUCUUCUCUCUCUAAUUUGUUCUACAAAGUAAGGCGGUUUCUUGAUGGCGUUUUUGAAAUAAUAGUCCUGAGGCAUAACUAUACUUGCAAAUCGAAUCACGGGUCAAUAUUCUUAAAUCUCUUUGAUAAAGGCUAUGAAUUCUGGAAGACCCCAGAAUACAUCUUGUCAUGAGUACAGAAUAAGGACAAUCAAACAUACUCCCAUAGCUCUGUAGUAACCACAAGUCAAUGAAAAAUGUUUACAUAUAGCGGACCAUGGAAGUAGGUUUUCUUGCGAUAUGAUUUUAGACGAACAUGUGAGUGAGGGACUAAGCAAGUGACGUGAUUCCUCACCAUCAGUAAGCUCUAUCUAUUAUCAAGUUUGUUGUUUUCUGUUUUAACAGUUAGCGCAUUUACAGACCAAACUGGAGCGAGCUCAGAGUGUAGCAGUCAAAUGCGAAUCGCAAUGGACUCACAUACAAAACACCGCCGCCAAGAAAACUCUGCUUUUAGGGAGAAUAAAAAUGUAAGUAAGCAAAAGUGCAUGCCAUAUUAUAUUUGUAAACCUGCAGUAAAAAAAAAAAAACAUGCAUAAUAGAAAAAGUUCCAUAUUUGAAUUCAAUAAAGCGCUUAUCGCUUACAAAUUUGUCACUUUCGAUCUCAGCGCCUUUCUCAAGUUAUAUAUUUAAUGUUUUGUCGGGUUACUUUAUUUACACUCAAGCUCACUCACAUGACAAAAUAUCCUGUGGUACAGUUAAGGUGGAUUUCCACCAUCGCGCGUAAACGUUAAAAUUGAACCUCGCUCCGUAUGGCGGGCAGGAGAGAACCCUGGGAACGAGGUUGGAGCCUGCUCUCAUACCCUCGUCUUCUCUUUGGGGAGGAUCAAAGUCCGCACUUAAAAGACAGCGGAAAUCGAGCCUAGGUACGGUUCGCAACUGAGUUCUUUGUUGAGGGUAAGGGCCUGACACUAACAACACUUUAUGACUUGAUAUUUUUUUUUUGUGUUUGAUCAUAGGGCAACACAUAAUCUGUUUAUGCUGGUCAACAGACAUCUAAAGCAAAACACCGUAAUAGAAGUCACAGAGAAACAGCUGGAAAAGGUAAUGUUUGUGACGACGUGGUUUACUACAUUUCCUGUUAACAUUACGGCGCUACAAGUUACUCCAAAAUACAGAUUUGAACCGAAAUGUUCAAACGAAGUUUUAGCGAAAUGUUCACUAAGCUGAAAUUAGUUCUAAACCCCCAGUCAAACAAUCAUCUCGCAAAAUAACGCUUUAAACAGCUCGGAACGGCGAAAAAGCAUGACAGAACUAUGUCAACUUUUCGCUUAACUUCGCCGUUCGCUUGAAUAUAUUUUCGGUUGCAAUCUGUAUUUCGGAGUAAACUGUAGCCACCGUAAUGUUCGUCUGUAUUUCUUCUUUUGAGUACAAAAGACCGAUGCUCUGAUAUUUGCUCAGAUUUCUGCCACACGAGCAGAGCCUGCCUGUGGUAUGGUCAUGGUCGAGCCCUUGACAUCUACGAUACCGGCGCAGCGCUCUGUACCACUUGAGCCAAAGGCUUACCACCCUAAUAAAUGUUCAUCUGUAUUUCUCCUAUUGAGUUCAAAAGACUAAUGCUCAGAUUUCAAUAACAAGAAUGGCCGCAAUGCCUGUGCUUGAGCUGACAAAAAUUAUCUCUAGAAAAUUUCUCCUCUCCCCCCUCCGCCCCCUUAUCCCCGCUCCCCCAAAUGCUUUUCUAUUGAGAGAUAUCGGAGACUUGCGUGUUACGAGUGAAUUUUCUUUGUUCGUGUUUUUGUUUUCAGAUUCAAGUAUUUAUCCAGGAUCUGACACAAAUCACUAAUGAAAUCAAAAGAGCGGAAACAGCGGCCAUCAGCAAUGAG